UAGAUAUAUUCCUAGACAUGUGGGCUUUGGGGGUCUCUUGGCUCUUGCUUUUCACCAGCUCUCAGCGUGCUAUUGGGGUUCCAGCUCAGCGGAACUGGUCGUCUGGGUGCUGUCGGAAUGGAGGCCUCCAAGAGUGAGCACUUCCACGUGGUCACACCGCUGCUGGAGAGCUGGGCACUGUCCCAAGUGGCAGGUGUGCCUGUCUACCUCAAGUACGAGAAUGUGCAGCCGGCUGGCUCCUUCAAGAUCCGGGGCAUCGGGCAUUUCUGCCAGGAGGUGGCCAAGAAGGGAUGUAAACACCUCGUGUGCUCCUCAGGGGGCAAUGCGGGCAUCGCUGCUGCCUACUCUGCCCGGAAACUGGGCAUCCCUGCCACCAUCGUGCUCCCAGAAGGCCCCUCCCAGCAGGUGGUGAGGCGGCUGCAGGGGGAGGGAGCCGAGGUUCAGCUGGCUGGAAAGAUCUGGGACGAGGCCAACCUGAGGGCACAAGAGCUGGCCAAGAGGGACGGCUGGGUGAACGUGCCCCCCUUUGACCACCCCCUGAUAUGGGAAGGCCACGCCAGCUUGGUGCAGGAGCUGAAGGCGGUGCUGCGGACCCCUCCAGGGGCCCUGGUGCUGGCGGUGGGGGGCGGGGGCCUCCUGGCUGGGGUGGCUGCCGGCCUGGCCCGGGUGGGCUGGCAGCACGUGCCCAUCAUCGCUAUGGAGACCCGAGGGGCCAACUGUUUCAAUGCGGCUGUUGAGGCGGGCAGGCUGGUCACGCUGCCGGACAUCACCAGUGUGGCCAAGUGCCUGGGGGCCAAGACGGUGGCUGUGGGGGCCCUGGCGUGCGUGAAGGAGUUCAAGAUCUUUUCUGAGGUGGUGGAGGAUGUGGAGGCUGUGAACGCGGUGCAGCAGUUCCUAGAUGACGAGCGGAUGCUGGUGGAGCCUGCCUGUGGGGCAGCCUUGGCUGCCAUCUACUCAGGCCUCCUGGGGAAGCUCCAGGCUGAGGGUCGCCUGCCCCCCUCCCUGGCCUCAGUUGUGGUCAUUGUGUGUGGGGGCAACAGCAUUAACAGCCAAGAACUGCAGGCUCUGAAAGCCCAGCUGAGCCAGAACUAAGGGCUCCUGGUUGGGGAGUGCUGGCCUGACAACAAAAACUCCCACAUGGCUCAUGGACCCCCCUGUAGCUGCGGGGACUCUAUGCUGUCCUGUGCUUUUGUGCUGACUGCUUCCUACAGGAAGCCCUCUUGAACUGCUCUCUUGGAUCCCCUGCAUUCUUGGCCAAUAAACCCUUUCUGAGUU